AUGCAUGUGCCCCGUUUACUUCGAAAGGCUGGUGUCACUCAGCUUCCCCGGACCUUGUCUCCGGUGCCUUUGCCAGGUGGACAGCUUUUGGAGCCAGUGACGGGCGUCCCAUCCUCGCAGCCAGGUCAGACGUCAGCAGCUUCGACAAGCCCUUCACCCUUUGUUGCGGCGAGCUUCGAAGCGGUGGAUACGAACCAGGAUGGUGUCAUCACCCGUGCAGAGUUCCAACAAGCAGCGAACAGCGGCCUCAUCUAUCCAGUCGGCAGUGCGCCCGUGAGGUCUGUUUCGCCUAUGCAGCAUCGUGGUGUCCCUGCGUUUGCAUAUGCGCAGCCAUUGAAUCGUGGAGUGUCGCCAGAGCCAAGGAACCCGGCGGGUCAGCUUAUUGUUGGUGGCAGCUCUCCACACCUGGUGCAGGCCAUGCCGGGAGCUCCAGUCCAGACCGUGUCGGCUGUGGCCUUAGGACAGGCUUCACAAGUCCCCAAUAUUCAGGUGAUGCCACCUCCGUCUGAGCCCGAGCCGCCACAGAAUUUUUCCGAGGAUCUGAUCAAGCGCAUUGAUGGGGUCGUGACCGAGAUGGAGCGGGAGCUCUCAGACGAUCUGGCAGCGUGUGUGAAGUCUCCGCUGAACGAGCUGAACACUGCUGUCAAGGCGGAGUUGGGUGGCACCACGGAAGACGCCGAUGGGGCUGGCGACAACGAAAGCACGCUUGACUGGAUUGACAAACAGAUCCGGGCUAUCGAGCAGCGCCGUGAGGCUUGCGAGCUGAGGCAGACCCAUCUUUCCGAUUUGCGGCGCCUGGUUGCAGAUGGUGAACGUGGGCAGCUAUCAGGCCGCCGCCUCAUUCGUGACGAAGGGCUCUAUGCUGCACCGCCGGAGGAUUUCGAUGAGGCCGGGAACAGCCCCGCCCGGCGGCUCUCGAUCCUCGAGGCGCACAGGGCGGACAGAUGCUGCAGCGGUGGGAUGGGUGGAGUCUGGAAGGGCUGUUCCUACCGGCAGGGGAGGGGCAGCAACAAGGGUAGACCCCGUCCAAAACACGGAGCCCGGAAAGAGGCAUAUGAGGAGAUUGGGGCUGGAACUCAGCGGGCGACCGAAGCAGAGGAGCCUUCCUUCAACUUGCCAUUGGCUGCUGCUGGGCGGGCUUGUGGGCUGUUGGACCAGGCGCUUGGCUUUGCAGCUCACUUGAAGCCUUUGGCCAGCCACCGGUUCUUUGCCAGCGGUUGGGGGGACCUUCAGCAACUUCAGGAUGCUCGUGCUUUUAUGGACGACUUUGUGCUGGAAUAUUCACACGGCGUUGCGGCACCCUCGGUGUCCUUCGGACCAGAGUCGCCUCUUUUCGGGGGCUUGGGUUUUCGCUGCCGUGGAGAGUUUCCGAGCCCCCUGGCAUCCUAUCUGCCGGAGGAGAGCAAACUUUGUGACUUUGAGCUCCUCAUGCCGAAGGAUCGACAACCCUGGGCAUGCGUGGUACAGUUUCCAGGCACAGCAGACCAGUCGUACUUGUUCCGUAAGGUGAUGCUGGGCCUGCCGCUCUUGCGAGAAGGUGUCGCCUCGGUGCUGAUAACACCACCAUUCUACGGCGCGCGUCGCCCGAAACAUCAGACACUGCACUACAUAAGCACUGUCGCCGAGUUCUCCCAUCAGAGCGCGGGCCUUCUCCUGGAAGCCAUGCAGAUUCUGGAUUGGCUUCGUGAAAAGUUCCCCCAUGCCUGCUUGGGAAGCACGGGCAUCUCCUGGGGCGGGGCAAUGGCUUCGUGCCUUGGGUUUUUGGGGAAGAAGCAUGAUUUGGCUGUGGUGCCCUGCCUUCCCUCCGCCGACCCCGAGGUCUUGAUCAGUGGGGCCUUGCGUGGCGAGGUGGCUUUGGACCGUUUGGCAGAGGAAAGCCAUGGCCUUGAUGCACAUGAAUCCGAGAGCCUCCUGCGUGGCCUGUUGUGUGCCAUGAGCACCAGGGAGCUCAACGAAAUGGUGAUCCCUGGGUCUGUCGGUCGAAAGGUCGUGCUGCAGGUCAGCGCUUUCUACGAUACAUUCGUGGACAAAGGAUCGAGCCAGGUGAACUUCCGCCUGCUGCGUGACCUGGACUCCAAGGCUCAGUUGCGCUGGGUUGCUGGUGGUCAUGCCUCUUCCCAUGUCGUGGCCCGUUUUCUCUUCUCGAAGUCCAUUCUCACCGGUCUUCGACGUCUCGCAGCCCACCAGCAGCACGCCGAACACGAGGAGCUCAAGAAGCAGGUCGAGUCUGAACGGCUGGAGCUCCUGAAGGUGCGCUCCAACCUGGAGAUGGAGUGUGAGCGUCGCUUAGAAGAGGUGCGGGCGCUUGCAGACUCGGUCCAGGAGGGUCGGCAGCGCGCUAUAGUUGCCGAAGAGGCAGCUAACCAGCGCGCCAAAGAAGCCGGCUUCCAGGUCCAAGUGCUGCAGGAUCGCCUACGUGAGGCAGAGGCAACCUUAGAGCGUGAGCGCCAGCAGUUCCGCGCAGCGCAAGAAGCGCAAGCUGCGGCAGGUGCUGAUCUCCGGCAACUGGAGGAGAACUCUCGCGCGGUGCUUGCCGACUGCCGUGCUCUACAGCAGAAGGUUCGUGAGCUUGAGCUGGAACGAGCGGCUUUCCUCGAAGUCCAGGCGAAAUCCGAGGCACGCUGCAAGAAGGAAGCACCGGUUGUUGUUGUUGAAGCAGUGUUGAUUGUGCACUCGGCCUGCAAGGAAGAGCGCAAGGCCAUGAUGGGUCGCAUUAGCCAGUUUGAGGAUGAAAAAUCACGAGACAUUGAGUCGGUGCUACAGCAUCACCGCGAGCAGUGGCGGGAGGCUGCCAACAGGGAAUCCGAGCAGAUGCUAGCAGCUCAGUGCAUCGAUUCCGAAGCUGUGGCUGUGGCUGUUGUCGCAUCGGACCUGGAGAGGCAGGCCCAAGCCAGGGCUGCCGAACCGCACCCGACCGUUCUCAAGGAGCUGGAAGACCUGAGAGCCGAGCGUGUGAGGCUUCAGGCCGAUCGCGAUUCGGAGCAGCGGGCGAGAGUGGAGGUGGAACAGCGCCAUGCUGCAGCACGGGCCUUGGUGAUCGUUUCAAAAGCGGGAGGGGUGCAGCGUGGGAAAUCUAAGCCAGUGAAGAUCGAUCGCGAAAGGGCUGAGCUGCGGGAGGAAAGCUUACGGAAGUUCCGGUUGCUGCCGAAGCGAUGGUCCAAAAAGAUCAGCGACGAGCCGCAGACAUCGCGGCCUUUAGGGGCAUCGCAAGCAAGGCGCAUGUUACUUUUUGAGAACGCCGCUGCGCUUGGUGACGAGGAGUGGCUUCAGGCCCUGCUAAAGGCCGGUGUCGACGUAAAUGGAAGGAACCUGUUCGGGCAGACUGCCUUGUUCUUGUCUUCGUGGUAUGGCCAUGAGAGCGCAGUCGCUGCACUCAUCUCCCACGGUGCUGAAGCUUUUCCUGCAGGUGGAGGCAUCACGCCAAAGCAGGUGGCAGAAGCAAUGAACCAUCAUGGAGUUGUGGAGAUGCUUUGUAAAUCUUUCACUGCAAAUGCCGAUGAUACUGUAACAAGCGUAGCAGAUUAUUUCAAGGCAUCGGCUUAUUCCAAAGCGGCGCCGCAGUUUCUUCUCCCCGAGCCUGACAUGGUAGGAAGCUGGCUGUUUCUUGAAAGCUUCGAGGAUGACUUUCUACAGAUGCUGGAGAAUUUGGGGCACAGUCUGCCUGUACCGGAGACAGAGAUGGGCCGGCGAGCAGCAGAGCGCCUCUUCUUUUGUGAUGCGAUCGGCUGUGUUCAGGAGGCCCUCACAUCUCUGCUGCAAUCCGCGGGAUUUGGUGAUGUGCACGUUUCUCCAUGGCUUAGGUUCUUGCGAUACAAAAGCCCCAAUGUUCCCCUGGUUCCCCAUGUUGAUUACCAGUGGUUACCUGGAUAUAUCUCUUCAGCGCUGCCUGGCUACUCGCCGGCUGGGCUCAGCACAACCCACACGUUGCUCCUGUACCUGACUGAUUGUCACGACGGCGGUGAGACUUGGCUGCUUCCAGCAGCCUCUGAGGUUUCGGACACUCCCGAGGCGCUAGCACGUGUCCCUGCACGUCGUGGCCGUGUUCUCCUUUUUCCGCACGAGCGGCUUCACAUGGGCACUGCGCUGCGACGACUGCCAAAGAUGAUGCUUCGAGCCGAUGUCAGACUGGGCUCAGCGCCGCGUGCGAAAACACAGUUGGAUGUGGGUGUGCUUGAGUACAGCUGUUGCAAGGAGAGCCUCAGCUCCGAAAGCUUUAUGCUCCUAGGCAGUCAAAGAUGCAGCAAUGCUAAGAGAAGAUCAGCAGCCGCUCACGCAGCGGAAGAGCGUGCAAAGGAGGGCGGGGUCAUGUCUUGGCAUCGACUGCUGGCAUCGCAGGCCAGGAAACGUUUGCCCUGGCAGGAGGAUGUCGCAGCGAAGCACAACGCCGUGUUGGCGGACAUGGAAAGGAUUAAGGGUGACAAGCUGGAGUUGGAGAAGGAGCUGCGCAAGGACCAAGCUGCAGAGAAGCAAGCCAGAUUGCUUGCAGAGCAGAAGCAUGCUGCAGCCCUUGAGGAUGCAAAGCGCCUGAAGGCUGACCAAGAAAAGUUGCAAGCGGACAAACAGGCUGAGCAACAGGCACGCGCGGAGGCCGAGCGCAAGCACCAGUCAGUCUUGAAGGACAUGGAGCAGGUUCGCGCAGACCACCAACGGGUGAGCCAAGAGAAGGAAGAGGAAGCUCGUCUCCGCGCAGAGGCGGAAAUGAGGCAUGCAGCCGUUGCCAAAGACAUGCAGAAGCUCCAGGAAGACCACUCGAGGCUUAAAGCCGACAAAGAUGCCGAAGAGCAAGCCAAGCUGGAGGUGCAGCGACUCCAUCAGGAGGUGCUGCGAGAGAAGGCGUCUGGACAUGGUCACUUGCAGGAGCUUUUGGAGGCCGAGAGGCGGGCCAAGGAAGAGAUGCAGCAGCGCCACGCAGCGGUGGAAGGCGACAAACAGAAGAUGGCCCAGGAUCAGGCCAAGAUGCAAGCAGACCAGGCCCGCGAAGCUCAGCUAAGAGCGCAGGCUGAACAAAAGCACGAAGAGCUUGCACGAGAUAUGCAGAAGUUACGUGAAGAUCAACAGCGUCUGCAGUCCGACAAAGAAGCUGAAAGCCAGGCCAAAGCCGAGGCCGAGCGGCGACAUGCUUCAGUUCUUCAGGAUAUGCAGAAGCUGACGGCAGACAAGCAGAAGCUGGAGGCAGACCAUGCUGCUGAGAGACAGGCGCGGCAAGAGGCAGAGAGGAAGCAUGUGGAAGUUCUGCAAGACCGAGAGAAGAUGUCUUCGGACAUGCACUCCCUUCAACGAGACAAGGAUGCAGAGACUACAGCCAAAGAGGAGUAUGCACGAAAACACGAGGCCGCCUUGAAGCAGCUGGACCUGGUGAAGGCUGACCAGGCCAAGCUGCGCUUGGACAAGGAGUCUGAAGCUCGUGCCAGAGCAGAUCUGGAAGCAAAGCAUCAGGCUGUCCUGCGUGACAAGGAAGAGAUUCAGGCACAGCAUCUGAAGGUCCAGCAGGACAGAGACAGGCUGGAAGCGCUCCAUGGCCAUGCGUCGCGAGACCACGAAGAGGCCCACGCGAAGCUCAGAGCUGCGCACGAGGCCGAACUGAAGCAUACCAAGGACUCGCAUGUGCAGCUCAAGGCAGAAUGGGAAGGCAGACACCAGGACUUGUUGCAGGAGCUUGAGAAGCUCCGUGCCGAGCACCGCAAGCUCCAGCAGGAGCGGGAUGACGAGCGACGAGGGCGAGAGCGUGUUCACAGCGACCACCAAACAGCCCUUCGCGACGCUGAGUCAACCAAGAUCCAACUGGAUGGCCUCAAGGCUCGCAAUGCAGGCGACCGAGCCUCCCUAGACGAGGCAAACGGCAGGCUGCGCGCACUUCAAGCCGAGCGGGAUACCUUGGCGGCAGACGUCACCACGCUCAAGAAGUUGAAGGAAGAAAAGAGCAAAGCAGAAACGGACCUCCGGGAAGCCUUAAACAACCAGGAGGCGGAGGUUAAGCUGCUGCAGAAGAAGUUAGACGAGCGAGACCAGGAGGCUCGACAAUCCGAAGAUAAGCGGCGAACGCAGGAAGAGAAUUUGUCAAGGCUGCUGUCACAGCUGGCUGCUGAGAAGAAGGAUACGGAAGAGUUGAAGCGUGAACUGGAGCAGGUUCGCCAACAGGGAUUGCAGAUCCAGAGGGAAGCAGAGGAAAUUCAGAAUACUUCGAGCGACUGGCAGCGAAAGUAUGAGGAGCUCACCAGACAACAUCAGGAGUUGAAGACCGCCACAGCAUCCAUAGCAAAAACGAGAAGUGACGCUGAAAUGCGGGCGCAUCGGAUGUCCCUCUGGGCAGACCCGAUGAACUUCUUGGCUGGCUUGGAGGAGGAGCUGCUGCCUGGAUCCAACGCGGAAGUUGUCCUACAGGUGCGCAAGGCGCACAAGGAGCUGGAAGACAACAUUUCGAAUGCCACGGAGGUCCACAUCAAAUCCAUCAACGCUCAGCUGGAGGGAGCUGCCAUUGCCGAGAGCAAGGGCCUGCCCCUUCGGCGUGGGCUUACCGACUACGAAAAAAGGACGGAGAUUGAAUCUGAGCGCCACACUGAACAACUCAGACUGGAUGCACGGCUCCAUGACUUGCGGGCCCUGCAGGAAGAGGUAGCUUUGGAGCACAGCCUGUCAGAGUCAGACCAGCAGAAGAUCAAAGAGUACCUGCAGCGGGACAUGAAGCGCUGUGAAGAGGAGCUGGAGAUACUGAAGCCGACGUCAGCUCUUGCAUCAGUCCCCGACCAGCUCAUCGAGGUCCUUCAAGCCAUGGCACAGGACGACAUGCCAGAACGGUUCGAGCACGGCUACUCGCCUAUGCAUUGGGCAGCUCAUCGAGGUCGCCGAGACCUUGUGGAAUUCCUCCGUCGUCUUGUGGACAACGGCCACGGCCUCUUGUCAUCCCGAGAUGACCAAGGUCGCACACCGCUCUUCUAUGCCGAACGGGCGGGACGCACGGGCUUGGCCUACCACCUGCGCCGGGUGGGAGGCGAAGCGGACCCCUUCAGGCCAGCUUCUGAGCGGCCGCAAGUGGAUUCCUUGCCUGCUGCCUACCAGCAGGUCCUGCGGCAAGUCGAGACCAGGGGAUGGCAUUCCAUGAAGUGGAAGGAGGACUACACCAUGCUGCACUGGGCUUCGAGCAAAGGCCACAAGGAUCUCGCCAUGUACCUGAUCAGUCUCAAUGCUAACCCGAACGACCUUGACAGCAAGGGCCGCACGCCCGCCGCCUGUGCCACCGAAGCCGGCCACAUGGACCUAGUUGCUGCUCUGCAGGCCCAGGCCACUGUUCCCCGGAAAUCCUUUGCUCAUGGGGCCUUCGGUGGCACCGAAUGA